AUGCAUCGACAGCGCAUCGGGAAUACGGCUCUGAACAAAGUUUUGCUCUUCUAUCUGACCGUCUGUUUCGUGCCCACUUUUGUCUGGUCCAUCACAGUGAACUCUCCUGCAGAGCUCCAUGCAUCUAAAGGGGACACGGCCACUCUGUCCUGCACCUUCACCUCCACCAGCCCCCCCACCAGCAAGAUGACUGUGGACUGGUCAUACAGGCCCCAGACCGGAGGACCACCACAAACUUUCUUCCACUUCUCGUCGCGGGCGUUCCCACCCUCUGAAGGGCAGUUCAGCGGUCGUGUGAAGUGGCAGGGGAGUCCAGCGCGCGGUGACGCCUCCAUCCUCCUCAUUAACGCCACGCUGAAUGAUAAUGGGACAUAUACGUGCUCCGUCAGGAACCCUCCCGACGUCCACGGCUCCCCCACCUCCCACUCCGUGCUCACAGUCACACCCAGAGCUGCCAGAGUUCGAUUCUCCGACGUGACGCUGCUGCUGGCCUUCAUCCUCCUCCCCUCUGCUCUGCUCACCUUCUUUCUCAUUGGUCGGAUCCUCUGUCCCAAGAAGCAGCGCAGCCAAUCCAAGCCCACCCGAUCACCCAUUGAGGUCACGGAGGGAGAGGAGUACUCCACGCGCCCCGCAGCAGAGACCGUGAAGAGUCCCACGUGCUGCGAACUCUGCUUCAUGGACCCUGAUGAAGAAGAGUAUUAUUACAACCUGAAGAAGACGCCAUCCAUGGAGGAAGAACCGUAUGUGGAGUCCAAAUGUUAG